AUGUCGAAAACUCGUAAAUUACUCAAUUCCUUAUCUCGAAGUAUAAAUCCCACAACAAGAGCUCAAGUAAGAACGACACUCACACUGUCCAAUCCCACAAAAUCGAGUUUUGGAUAUACGACAGAUUCACUUCAACCACCUUAUCAACAUUCUAUAGAGACUACAAGUCUUCGACCACCUUAUCAUCAUUCUUUAUCUUUUCAAAGUUCACGUAUAAGAGCAGGGAGGAAGUAUGUACUUGCUGAUUCUGAUAUCGGAGAAGUUGUUGGAUCGGCAGGAUCGACGAAAGGGACGGAAGAAAGUUGGAAAGAAUGGGCUGGGGAGAUGUUGAGUGAUGAACAAGGGCGAGAAGAGUUGGAGAGAAGUUGGAGAAAUGUUUUAAGAGAUUUAGAGGGGGUUAAAACUUCUGGAGUAGUAAAGAUACAAGUCCCGGAUAUCCCUUUUCAUUCUCUCUCACAUCACCUCACGUCGUCUUCACUUGGUGCUAUUAAGAACGCAGGGGUGGUGGUAAUUCGAGAUGUAAUACAAGAUUGGGAAGCUAUAAACUGGGCUAGAGAUAUUUUGACUGCUUUAGAGGAAACUGAAGGGAGACCGCUAUAUUGGCACCCUUCCCUACUUACCGCUCGAGCUCAUCCUUCCCUUCUCUCCGCACUUUCUCAAAUCUCUCUCGCUUUGUUAUCCAGCGAAACCAACUACAUUCUCUCCGAACCUAUUCAAACCACUCUUCACUCUUCUCCUUCUCUUCUCCCUCCUUCUUCAAACCCAUAUAUAGUCAACCCAUCUCUUUCCCCUAUAUCAUCACUUCAACUUCAUCUCACUCUUUCUCCCUCCUCUCCAAUCUCCACUCACACCAUAACACCCAGUAUCCACGCUGCGACAUACGCAUCACUCCGACCUCUUUUCAAACCUAUUCAAAGCAAGAUAUCUCUAUACGAUCCUACCCUCUAUCUCUCACCUUCCAACUGGACUUUAAUACCUUCGUCCUCUCUUCCUCACAUUUCCACAGAAGUUUCUUUACCACAUCUACAAACCACCUCUAUACCUACUUUACAUCCUGGUGAUGUGAUAGUUCGUCAUGCUGCUUUACCAGUGUUAGGAGAAGGUGAACAGGUAUUCCUUCCUAUCACCCCGUUACGCGAUACGGAAGCAAACAAGGAAUUCAUCAAGAAACAAAGACAAGCUUUCGAAAGAGGUUUACCACCACCUCAUGCGAGAGUAGGAUUGGCGGUACAGGAACAAGAAGGAUCUAGGUAUUCGACAACGAACAACAGAUCCUCACGACAUAUCGUAUACAUUCAAUUUUCAGAAAGUGAAUCUCACGAUCUACCACUAAAGAGUCUCACGAGAUCAGGUCGACGUGAAAGUCCCACGUGUACGAUAGAAGAUCAAAUCGGGAUGGGGUUAUUAGAUUGGUUACCAUGUUGCGGACCGAGGGAUAAAUCAGUUUCUACUUCACCUACACCAAAUCAAGAAUCCACAACACUCCUUCCUCCUCAAAGGGAAGACUCCAUAGUAUCGGAGAAUGGUUAUGGUGCUAUUGUUGAAUCUGGAGGAGGACAAGGAACCAAUUUAUCAAAAGAACAAAAACAACGUAUAGGUGAUAUUGGACGUGCAGCUGGCAAUCAAAUGUUACCCAUCGGAACACUCAGACCUCGAACCACACCUCGAACAGUUUCAGCAGCAUCAGCGUCAUCAGCCUCUUCAUCACGUCCCAGCUCUCCUAGUCCAUUACGUCCUGAGACUUCGCCGCCAGGGGGGAUCAUUCGAACGCCGGAACUUGAUCGUUUGGCACCGGCUCAGACGGAGGAAGAGGGGGUGGUGAAGAAGAGUCUGUUCGGUCCGGGGAGAAGUACGAGUGGUACGAAUCGUGGGAGAGGUAGAGGUAGAGGUAGGGGGAAGGGGAAAUAA